GGACGGACGGGAAGGCGGGCUGGGGGAGGGAGGAGGGAGAAGGAGGGAGGGAGAGCGAGCAGCCCCUAACCGCGGCGCCCGCCGCCUCCUCCCAGCAGGACUCUGCUCGCCAGCAGCCGCCGAGCCCAGCCCGCGGCGGAGGGCGGCUGGUGCCGCUAACGCGGAGCAGGAGCAGGAGGAGGAGGAGGAGGAGGAAGAGGUCGCCGCCGGAGGAGCCCUGCGGUCCGGUCCAAGCCUCGUCGCUGAGCUCGCCCGCCCAGCCGCCGACAUGAUGCAGAUCUGCGACUCGUACAGCCAGAAGUACUCCCUCUUCAACGCCAUGAACCGGUUCAUCGGCGCCGUCAACAACAUGGACCAGACGGUGAUGGUGCCCAGCCUGCUGCGGGACGUGCCGCUGCUGCUGGAGGAGCUGGACGCGGCGGGCGCCGUGUGCCCGCCCCGGGAUGCUGCCCUGCCGCCCGGCGACCCCGGCGCCUACUUCUCCCGCAGGGACAUGUACAGCCACUACAUGCUGCUCAAGUCCAUCCGCAACGACAUCGAGUGGGGCGUGGUGCAGCCGCCGGCGGGCGAGGAGGCGGCCCGCAAGAAGGACAAGCUGGGCGGCGGGCCCGCCGAGGAGGGCGAGGGGGAGGAGGACCUGGAGCAGCAGUUCCACUUCCACCUCAGCGGACUCCACUCGGUCCUCUCCAAGCUCACCCGCAAGGCCAACGUCCUCACCAACAGAUACAAGCAGGAGAUCGGCGUCAGCAGCUGGGGGCACUGAGCGUCGGGGUGGGGAGCGGGAAAGGGGCGCCUGGCCCGGCCCGGCGGGAGC